CUUAUUAUGCUGCAGAAAGGUUAUCUCUCCUCUCAGAGGCUGCUCCGGGGAGGGGGGGCACCGAGUAGGGUCCUUAUCUCCCCGCUCAGGCCCCCACGGUCAGCUUAUAAGUGGACGGUCAGCAGCCACUGGGAUUCACUUUCCUCGCUCACUGCCUGCCCAGUAAGAGCCUGGCAUCAUGCAGCGCGUGGCUCCCGCCCUUCUCGUGGUCCUGUGGCUCCUAGCCUGGCACAGCGGCACCCAGGCCACCAGCAGAGUCCCCACGUUUGGGGUGAAGCUCUGCGGCCGAGAGUUCAUACGAGCCGUUAUCUUCACAUGUGGGGGUUCCCGGUGGAGAAGAAACGAGGCUCUGCAAGCAGGGGAGCCUGCUGAAGUCUUUGGAAACUUGGUCUCUCCCGAUGUGAAUUCCGAUGAGGAGGACGUGCUGAGUGAAUGGGCGAGCAGCCUGCGUCCCCACAACAACGACAUUGACUAUGGCAGCGUGCAGAGUUGGCGAGAUACCGCGGGGGGCAGGCACGGCAUGGCAGCAGCAGAGGACGCCCUGAGGGGGGUGGAGAGGAGAGGGAGGGAAGCCGCGUUGGGAUUAUCAAAUACUUGUUGCAAAUGGGGGUGUAGCAAGAGCCAGAUUAGCUCCUUGUGUUGAAUGGGAGCCGAGUCACUGGGGUGGGGGGCAGUGUGGGGGGAGAUUGGGUCAUUGGUCUGUAACUGGGUCAUGUACGUGUGUAGAACAGAAAUCCCUAUUGUUAGUGUGUGAGUGUGAGUGAAUGAGUGAGUGUGAGUGAGUAUUGGUUAUGCGCAGGGGCACAGCCCAGGGUAUCUGGGGCACGUGAGUGUUAUCAGUAUGUAUAUAUAUAAUACAUUUUCAACCCCGUA